GCCCUUGGAUCUGCAGUUCUAGGCAUUUUUGAGCCAUCUGAUACAGGUUCAGGGAAUUGAACUCUGGUCCUUUGGAAGAAACAACAAGUAUAUCCAUUUCUCUAGCCCCUGACAAUGAGUUUCAUGUUUUAAUAAUUCCUAGGUUAGGGACAUUAACUCAGUGGUGUUUGCCUGGACUGGAUCUCUGGUACCACAAGACAGAGAAAAUGAGAGCUUGAUUAGAGUAGUAGUCCUAGGAAUGGAAGCUCUGGAGAGUCUGGGGAGGGACAGCCUCAAGAAGACUGGGUAGACACUUGGGAUGAAAGGUUCUCAGUACUAAUGGAGGAGAACCAUCAGAAAGUCCAGGUCAGCUUGUCUCAAACAAGAGGAAGUGUGUGUGUAGACUGAGGUGCUGGCCAGACCGGUGGAGUUGUGGCCGAGAACAGUAUCAGUGCUAAAAAGGACGGUGAGCCAAGAAACUGCCUACAGAGUAUAGUAUAGAACCAUCGGGAGACAGCCUUUGAGUGAUCAGGGUCUAGGUACCACAGCUUAGGUUCAAAUCAUGAAAAGGGAAACUGGUAAGACUGCCUACAAUUACUUGAAAAGAUACAAGACCGUUGUACAUGCUGCUGUUGUGAAAAGGGUACUGAGGGAAAACAGGAAGGAAAAGGUCAGCACUGAUUCCUUUUUUUACAGGUAGAUACCCCUCCAAGAUGGGGGUGGAGCAGCCUCCAUCCCCUUUCUGGACAAAACUGAGGGCAGAACGAGCUGGCUGUCGUAGACACCCGACUCUACCUGCUUAGUGGGAGGGGAACAUAUCUUAGAAGAAAACAAACAAAAACAAAUGGAGUCUUGUGCUUGGAUCCUGUCUGUCACCAUUUGACACGAUGACCUUGGACACAUUCCAUAGCUGUAAAAUGGGAACAAUUGUGCCUCCCGUGACUAUAAGGUUAGAGACUAACGCCCCUUUACAGUGAGCAACGGCAAAUAGGUGCUAUCACCUGGCCCAACGCGCGUCGGGGGACUGAAUGGCUAACGGAUGGGUCUGAAUCGGUCGGUGACCUCGGAUCACAGGGCAGGGAAUGCUGCUGCUCCUUCCCUCCAGGAGGUGGGGACGAGGUGGAGGGAGGGCUGCAGCGGGAGGAGGAGCUCGCUCCUUGCGACCCGCCCACACCAGUCUGGCCUGGAGCGGAGGGAACACGUCCUGGUCGCCUGCACCCGAACAGCCUGUCCUGCCUGGUAACCCCGACCUGGUCCCAUCAUGUCCCUGCGCCCCUUGCUCUGGCCGCUCCGGCUGCUGCUGCUGCUGCUGUUCAAUGGGGCGGUGUGCCGGGCUGAGGUCGGGCCUGAAACUGAAAGUCCUGUCCGGACCCUCCAAGUGGAGACCCUGGUACAGCCCCCCGAAUCGUGUACGGAAUCCGCUGCUUUUGGAGACACGCUCCACAUACACUACACGGGCAGCUUGGUAGAUGGACGCAUUAUUGACACGUCUCUGAGCAGAGAUCCUCUGGUUAUAGAACUUGGCCAAAAGCAGGUGAUUGCAGGUCUGGAGCAGAGCCUGCUGGACAUGUGUGUGGGAGAGAAGCGAAGAGCCGUCAUUCCUUCUCACUUGGCCUAUGGAAAGCGAGGGUACCCACCGUCUAUCCCAGCGGAUGCAGUGGUGCAGUACGAUGUGGAGCUGAUUGCAUUGAUUCGAGCCAGCUAUUGGCAAAAGCUGCUGAAAGGCAUUUUGCCUCUGGUGGGCAUGGCUAUGGUGCCGGCACUCCUGGGCCUGAUCGGGUAUCACUUAUACAAAAAGUCCAGCAGACCCAAAGUCUCCAAAAAGAAGCUGAAAGAAGACAAACGAAACAAGAGUAAAAAGAAAUAAAUAGUGACCUUUAACAAAA